AUGGUGUUGUUUCGCCGGAGAAUACAUGAGGAACAUGCUAGUAACGAGGAAGGACUCUUUGGAGGAUCGUUAGAGCUGCCACCUCGACGAGCAUGGGACUCUCCUUCCCUUGAGGAAGGGCCGACAAAAGUAGUCAGAGCAUGCGCCAACGACUUUGGCAGGAGGGACAAGGACGUAGAGGAGAGGCUGACUGUCCUGGUCGACAACGGCGAGUUUCUCGCACAUGGAGAGCACCCUGUGCAGGAGCAUUGCAGCAGCAGAAGGGCUGUACAGAGGAGGAAGGGAAUGUGGAGCAGAUUCAGCUGGUGGGUCAGAGGGAAGGAUGCGAAGGCGAAGGAGCCGAAGUUGAACGGGGAGGAACAACGGGGGGAGGCUGUUGAAGGGACAAACGGCACCAGGCAGCGGCGGCAGGAGGAGGAGGAGGAGGAGGAGGAGGAGGAGGAGGAGGAGGUGAUAGCUCUGUCUGCGCAUCCUCUUCCGCUGAAUCUCGGGGAGCAGCAGGACUGUCAGGGAGAGCAUAUCAGCACCGAGAAGGUCACGAAGCAACAUGCCCGUCGAGGUGCGCUGGUCGCCCUGGACGUGGAGAACUUCGUGCUCUCGGGGCAGGGCAGACUACCAGGAGACACGGGGCCAGGGAUGUUGGUGGAAGAUCACUUCGGAGAUGGCAACUGCUGGCGAGUCCGAUGGGUCUUGACGAACACGUGGGGCAUUUACUCGACGGGGAUGAACGGGGAGUUCCAUCUGUUCCGGGACGCGAGGAGGGCGAGGGAGGGUUGGGACCCGCACGCGUUCGAUGCUAGGAAUCGACUUCCUUCACUCUUCUGCUACCUGCCUGCUGCUGAGGAGGAUGAGGAUGCGUCUUCGUACCUUUCGCCAAGGUCGAGAGUGUGGAGUGACCGGAGAUGA